AAACAACCCAACCUGGCCUGCCCCUUCUUCCAGCGCUUCUUCUUUGCUUCUAGCCAAAGCCUUUGGCAAAGCGAACAAACCCACACCAAACUCAGAAUAAGUUUUGUAGUAUUACUACUCUGUUUUCACAGUUCUUUAGUUUAUCGCAAAAUCAACUCUCCGGAUCUCCUUUCUCUUUCUCUCUUGUCGCUUCCAUUCUUCUCUCAUUUUCUCUGUCGUCAAAGCGCUGCUUUUCUUGUUCAAAUCCAGGAACUGGUUGCUUCUGUAACUUGUUGGUUUCCAGGAAAAUAGAGCCCAUUUAACAUUCACAUAAAACAGAAACCCAUGAAGGAAUCAGAGUUAAGCACUGAGCCAAUUGGACAAAAUCUGAUAAAACUUAUCAGCAACCUGUGUUUCUCAGUUUUUGUUUUCUCAGUGCUAAUAUUUACGGUUAUCGCGAUCACCUAUCAACCACCAGAUCCAUGGCUGGAGUCAGCUCCAGCCUUAACCAAACUCUUCACUCAAACCGAAAAUGCCACUUUCAAGAAUGACAACUCCAUCCUCAAAACCGGUGAGGAUUUACUUGCUGUGCCAGCUCCCGCCGUGCCCCCUGCUUUGACUGUCAAUCCCAUCACUGAAACCGUGAUCGAGAAGUCUGAAGAGAAAAUCUCGAAUAUGAGCCUAAAAUCAGAUUGUGAGGAGGUAAAGGUUGUGAAUUGUUCGGAUCCACGCGUUUUACUCACGGUCGAGAAGUUUAAUUUGAAAACUUUCAAGUUUAUCGUGUUUCUGGAGUAUCAAACUCCGGUCAAUGGGUCGAAACCGGAUGAGUGUGAUGCGGCUUGGAGGUUUAGGAACAAGAAAGAAAAGUCGUGGAGAAAGUAUAGGGACUUUAGAAGGUUCAAGUUUGGGAUUGCAGAGAAUUGUACCUAUAAAGUGGUGCAUGCAGGUGGCUGGCAUUCGGGGAUUAACGCUCGGAGGCCUCGGAUUAGACCCAACACCACAAGGAGUGGUGGGAAUCCCAAGCUAGCACCACCGAUACGUGAUGAAGAGAUAAAUGAUACUAUUCCAACUAUGGGUUCGGAAAUGAACUUUAGAAAGGGGAAGUAUUUGUAUUAUGCACGGGGUGGGGACUACUGCAAGGGAAUGAAUCAUUACUUGUGGAGUUUCCUCUGUGGUUUAGGAGAGGCUAUGUAUUUGAAUAGGACAUUUGUGAUGGAUUUGAGCAUAUGUUUGUCGGCAACUUACAAUCCAAGCAAUAAGGAUGAGGAGGGAAAAGAUUUUAGGUUUUAUUUUGAUUUUGAGCAUCUUAAGGAGGUGGCUUCCAUCGUGGAGGAGAGUGAGUUCUUGAGAGAUUGGAAGAAAUGGGAUAGAGGCCAUAAAAGAAAAGUGCCAGUCAAGAAGGUAAGGACAUAUAAAGUGACGCCGAUGCAACUUAAGAAAGAUAAGAGCACAAUCCUUUGGAGGCAGUUUGAUGCUCCAGAGCCUGAAAACUAUUGGUACAGGGUAUGUGAGGGGCAAGCAGCUAAGUACAUUCAGAGGCCAUGGCAUGCUUUAUGGAAAUCAAAAAGAUUGAUGAAUAUAGUGACUGAAAUCAGUGGACAAAUGGACUGGGAUUUUGAUGCUGUGCAUGUGGUUCGAGGGGAAAAAGCACAGAAUAAAGAGCUGUGGCCACAUUUGGAUUCUGAUACAUCUCCUGAUGCUCUUCUUAUGAAGCUUAAAGACAUAAUUCAGCCUUGGAGGAAUCUGUACAUAGCAACAAAUGAGCCAUUCUAUAAUUACUUUGAUAAAUUGAGGUCUCAGUACAAGGUCCAUUUGCUCGAUGAUUACAAGGAAUUAUGGAGUAACACAAGUGAGUGGUACAACGAGACAAGGCUGCUGAAUGAUGGAAAACCGGUUGAGUUUGAUGGAUACAUGAGAGUUGCUGUGGAUACUGAGGUACUUUACAGGUCGAAGACAUGUGUUGAAACCUUUUAUAAUUUGACCAAAGAUUGCAAGGAUGGAAUUAAUACAUGCUGAACAGUUGCAUUCAAGCGUGUGCACCAAUGUCUUUAGAUGGAACAAUUGGCUGCAGGGUCUAAAUGCUGGUAUUGGACGGUAAGAUUUCCGUUUGGAUGCUCCCAAAUUUUGCAAAAGUUAAAUCCCUUGACCUAUUAUGAUAUUACAUAUCAAAAGACGAAUCAAGCUACUUUAUGUUGUCACCCAAGUACAACCAGAAAUACUUGAUGUCAUCUGUCGAUUUGGGAAUUGGGACUAGCAGUGCUUUCCAGAAGUUGUUAUCAGCAGUCAUCGUUACCCAGAGUUCUUGAGUUAUAUUUAAUUUAUACUUGUCUAUACUAGAAAACAGUAUAUAGGGAAGGUAACUUGGGAGGACUGGGAUCUUAUUUUGUUAAAACUUUUAUUACACAGAACUGGCGAUGAAGCAUAUUUUAUUUAUAUAAUUUACUUUAUAAAAAUUCGAUAUUCACUUUAAUUAGUAUUACAAACCUUGAAUUGAGCUCAACUUGUUAGCCAAGCUGCUUAACC